CGAAUGAGCGGGUCUAGGUGGGAUCCAGGCUCGGGGAGGAGGAUGACGUGGAGAAGCCACCGUCUGUGACAGCGACAGUUGUUUCUCUCCCAACCAGCUUCAGCUUCAUCAUCAUCAUCAUCCUCACCAUCCUCAUCGUCGCCCGCAGCAGCAGCAGCAGCAGCGUCCAUCGCCGAGCGGCCCGAGCAUCGCGCAUCUUCAAGGGGCGCGCGCGCGCGACUCGACGGGGGAGAUGGGGAAAUGGCAGUUGGCCAAAUGUAAGGAUCAAAAGAUUAAACGAGGUCUUCAUUUAUGAUACAACCCGUGCAUCGAUUUAUGCAUCAAUAGGAAAUAUUCAAACAACGAGAGAUCUUUGUUUUUCAGAUAACCCCAUCUGAAGCAUAAGGAAUCAUGGAUGGAGCUUCAUCCUCCCUGCAGUAUGGAUCCAAAAAGCGGGUGAAGAUUCAUCCAAACGCGGUGACGGUAAAAUAUGCCACCCACUUCCCCCAGCCUGGUGAUGAAGGGUAUGACGAUGCGCCCUCCUUCGAAGAGUUUGGCGCCUUCGCUGAGGCCAAUGUGGGAAAGAGACUCGUGGCGGACGGCAAAGGUAGCCGGACUUUGUUUGGAACCCUGGAGACCCAGCCUAAGCAGCCGAGUGUGCCGAAAGACAAGGGGGUUGGGGGCCAGCUGGCCAGCUUUGGAGAGGCAAACGUGUUGGCCUCCAGGGUGACCUGGAUGGCCUUGUUUGGGGCAGCAGUGGCUCACGGUUGCGUGGCACUCAUUACUCGCUUAGCCGCUGACCGCUCUAAAGUGCCCUCCCUCGAGCUUCUCUUCAUCCGCUCCGUCAUCCAGGUGCUGUCCAUCCUGGUGGUGUUCUACUACCACGAGGCCCCCUUUGGCCCCAAGGGCUACCGGCUACGUCUAUUCUUCUACGGUGUGUGCAAUGUAAUCUCCAUCACCUGCGCCUACACCUCUUUUGCUAUAGUACCGCCCAGCAAUGGCACCCUCAUGUGGCGAGCCUCCACCACAGUCUUCAGUGCAAUCCUGGCCUUCCUGCUGCUGGAUGAGAGGCUGGGCUACACAGACGUGGUCACAGUGGUGGGAAGCGUGUUCGGCCUGUGCCUGGUCAUGGUGCCGAAUGUGGCCGACGAGGAGAAGACGAGGCUGGGCUUUUGGAAGGAGGCUUUUGGCUACACAAUGACAGUGAUGGCUGGCUUGACCGCCGCCCUCUCCAUGAUCGUCUAUCGAGCCAUCAAGGAGCGGGUCAGCAUGUGGACGGCGCUCUUUACCUUCGGCUGGACGGGCACGGUGUGGGGGGCCUCCACCAUGUUCAUCAUGCAGGAGCCCAUCAUUCCUCUGGAUGGGGAGACCUGGAGCUAUUUAAUCUGCAUCUGCAUCUGCUCCACCGUGGCGUUCCUCGGAGUCUACUACGCUCUAAACAAGUUUCAUCCAGCCUUAGUCAGCACGGUGCAGCACCUGGAGAUCGUGGUCGCCAUGUUCCUCCAGCUCAUUGUCCUGAGGAUGAUCCCGUCGGUCUACGACGUCAUCGGAGGCCUGGUCAUCAUGAUCAGUGUGUUCACCCUGACGGGGGUCAAGCUGUACAGGGUGAGCAGGGCGAUUCGGCAGGAUUAUCAAGAGAUCCUAGACUCACCCGUCAAAUGAGCAUGGAUAUGUCAGUCUGUUUGUUUACAAUGUUGCUUGGUUGUGCGAUUUAAAGAAUGUCUGGAUCUUCAUCUGAUGAUUUUGUAUUGCUGUGUCGUUGGAAGGGUGCCAGUUGUGUAACUAAUGUCUUAAUAUUUGUGUGUGAAAUAAAGGACAAGUGUAACAUGGUGACUACGUCCCCCUUGAUAGUAUUGCUUCUACGCCGAAAAGUAUGAGAAAAGUUCUGUGAUUUAUUUUGCUCCGUUUUGAAUCAUAUUGAAUCUGGUUUUGUGAGUGGCAACGUAAGAUGAUCAUUUUAAUGAAACAGGGUGUGGUGUAUCCAUCCGUCGUCACACUGCCACAGUUGUCAGUCUGUGCAAAUGUCAGACCAGAAAUUGUUGAUACUGCAUACAAGGAAUUUGAAGAAUAAAAACUAAUACCAUCCAUGUUUCAUAAAAUAA